AUAUGAGUUUUUGAAAAAUUAAUGUGACUUGUAUGAGACAUUUUUUUUAGAUUUAUACAUUUUAUAAUAUCAAAAUGAACUUUGAUAUAUUUGCAGUACUUAUAUUAUCCAUAAACUUAGUCGUUUCGUCAAAAUUAAAUGUCCCGCGAGUGUUGUUGCCGAUUUUUAAUGACUUCCAAACUGAAUUUGUUUUAGAAGCAACUGAAGGGGGAUGCUAUAAAUGGACUACAACUAGAUCAGAUAUCAUCCAACUUGCACUAAUUGAUGAGCAUAGGGACUUGCAAUGUUCAUCCAAAGUUAUAGUGAAAACUGUUACCAAAGAGACUGCUAGAAACAUAGCUGUGGUACUAGCUGAAGAAGUUCAUACCAAACAAAAUUUAAGGUGUGAUGUGAUAGUUGAUGUCAUAAGUUCAUUAGCAAUUACUACAACAACUAAAGAACUUUUUAUGGAAGAGGCACCUGAAGAUUUUGAAGUUAAAGCAUUUGAUGAGCAAGGAAAUGAAUUCUCGACAUUAGAGCUAAUUGAAUUUGAUUGGAAUAUAAUUCCACUGGGACCUAACAAAGAGUCUGUGAUAAGAUAUAUAGCAUUUAGAGAUUCGCCCUAUGAAAUUCCUCCAGGAAUACAGUUGUUGGAGGAUCAAAAUAAAAAAGGAUAUUCAAUUUUGCUUGAAGGAGUUAAAAGUGGAUCUGCUAAAGUAACGGUUCGACUUCCUUACCCUGAAUAUAAGCAUGUCGAAGUAAGUGAGGUACAACUUAUGAUUGUUGCUAAUUUACUUUUGAGCCCAGCUGAAGUAUAUGCAAUGCCUGGAGAUGUAAUACCAUUUAAAAUAUUUUAUAUCAAUAAUGGAAGAAUGGAAGAAAUUGCAAUGCCUGAUAGUCAGUAUUACAUUGAAGCGGAGAAUACAGAAAUAGCUGCUUCUUAUAAGAGAACAGGAAAUGUGAAUGCAUUGAAACAUGGUAAAACCAAAAUAGUUUUGAGAGAUAGAAAUGUUGACAAAAACGACCCCUUACUGAAACUCCCAGCUGCUACUUUGCAUGUAGUACAACCUGAAUAUAUUGUAUUGAAUGUUCUGCCUCACAAAAAUUGGGCAAUUUUAGUUGGUCAACAUCACGAUAUUGUUGCUGAUUUAUAUGAUAGUUCUGAUCACAAACUAUUCAUUGGAGAAAAUGUUAACCUUUAUUUAGAAGUCACUCCAGAAUUUUAUACUGCUGCACAUACUGUUAAUGGCAGCUGGUUGACAGGAUAUGGAACUAAAUCAGGUAUUGCCAAUGUGCAAGCUUCAUUAAAAACUCUUGCAGAUGGAACAACUCCAUUAGCUAGUCCACUAACAGCUAAAGCAGACUUAAUGAUUUAUGCUGCUAUUACUAUUGAACCAGCUGAUGUAAUUUUACCUUGGGAUCCGAUUACGAGACCUAAAUAUGAUAUUGAUUUGAUAGCACGAGGAGGUGAUGGAAGAUUCCUAUGGACUAGCAGUGAUAAUUCUAUAGGCGUAGUUAGUCAAUCAGGACAUGUGAGAACACAUUCGAAUGGGUUCUUUGAAGUAUCUGCCAUAAUGAUGCGAAAUCACCAUAACCGACGUUCGGCUAAGUUUGUAAUUCUACCACCAUCAAGACUAGAAAUAGUUGAAUUUGUCAUGGAAGCUGAAGUGGGUUCUCCAGUUUAUCUUCAUAUUGCCCUAUACGCAGAAGAUGUUAGACCAGAUGGCACAGUGACUUUAGUACCUUUUACAAGGUGUCAAGAAUUACCAUUCCAAGUGAGACAAUCUGAUGUAAAAUUCAAACAAAACAAAACAUCAGUUUUGUCACCUGUAGGGAUUUCUUGUGGAAAUAUUGCAAUGGUUGGCUUAAAUGUGGGAACCAGUAAGAUAACUGUAACAUAUUUUCAAGAUGGUAAGGCUCUGGAAGACUCAGUUACUGUAAGUGCUUUCAAAACACUUCAACUAUUGCAGCCCAAAAAAGAUAUUGUUCUUGCUGUGGGUUCAUCAAUAAAUUUGAUUUAUACUGGUGGACCAAGGCCGACGAUGGGAAGAUCAAGUGAUCAUCAAAAGCUUAUUGUCAGUGAAGAUGAGAACAUAGCACAAGGACAAGAUGUUACUCAUCUUCACUCAAUUCAAGGAGAAGAUUUCACUGUGAUACAAGUUUUGUGUAAAAAACUUGGAGAUACUGAUAUUAAACUUAUGAUAUCUAACAAUCCUACUGCUGAAAACUGCCAAGGGCAAACAAGUAGCAUAACUACAAGAAUAGUUUGUGGUAAACCUAGAAAAAUCACCCUACAACCUCAACUUCAAAUAGCAGAUACUUCUAACUGUCCCAUGGAUCUUAGUUCAGGAAAUGUAGUUAUCCAGAACACAAAAAUUAUAGACAUCGAUGUGAAUGUUUGGGAUGAUUGCGGCAAUAAAUUUCUCAAUUUUACAAGUCUAAAUUUAGAAUGGAGAGUUGUACCAUCUGAGGCGGGAGUUUUAGUAAAUAAAGUUGGCGUAUUUCCAAAAAAUAUCUCCAUAGGCACUGUUGCUGUAGCUGAUAAAUGGUAUCAGUCAUUUAUGCCACGCGUUGAUAUUGGUCCUCUAGAAAUAAAUGUUACAGUUGUUGGAUAUAAUAAAGCAAUUUUAUACAAACAUUCGAUAGAGCCUGAGUUUCCAGAGUUCUUGGGGCCGGAAGAUAAGGAUUCAGAGCUCCAACCAAUUAAAAGUUCUUUGGCGUUAUAUUUGGUGGAUGAUAGUAGAUUAUCAGAAACUUCUAUAUCACUUUUUAAUCAUCCUGGAAAUAAAAAAACUGUAGGAGUACUACAAGGGUCUGGAUUUUUUGAGAUUGCUUUAAGUGCCGAUGAUAUAGUGGACGUCACUUACCUUGAAGGCACCAAAGAACUUGAAAUAACUCCGCUAAAAUCAGGCGAAGUUACAAUACAAUUAUUAGACCUCUGUCUGAUGUCAAAACCGGCUUCUAUGAGAGUAAUGGUAAAUUCAGUGGGAAUAAUACGAGUCGAAAUGCCUGGUAAAGUCGAAAUCAGCAAGUGUAUUCCUUGCAUUGUGAAGCUGUAUGAUGAAAAUGAUAAUUUGAUGGAUAUUCCGGAACUUAAUAUGGUUGAUUUAAGACCCGAGUUUGAGGAACAUAUUGCCAAUAUUCAAAGGGCCGAGCAAAAUCCUAAAGAUCAUUGGGGUCUUGGCGAAAUCCGGUAUACUAUCACAGGAAUUGAAGUGGGAGAUUCAAAAUUAAUAUUCACUGCUGCAAGUAACGACGAGGACAUAAGCAGUGCUCCAAUAGAUUUACAAGUUUUUCAACCACUAAGACUGCAUCCUCGCAAUGGAACAGUUUUAAUUGGUUCUGCUGUACAACUUGUAGUCAAGGGUGGACCACAGCCUGACGUUGAAAUCGUAUUUGAAGUGGCGGAAAAUAGGACUGCAACUGCGUCAGACAAAGGAAUAAUCACUGGUAAAUCUCCUGGUACAACUCGAAUUACUGCCAAAGCUGUUGGGGUGCAUCCUACAACUGGACAAAGUAUAGUCUAUUCUGAGGAUUCUGUAGAAGUAUUUGUAAUCGCCCUCACAGGAGUGAAAAUUGGGGCCCCGUUGACUAGAUUUCGAGUUGGCGCUACAGUACCAUUUUGGUGUUUUGGUUUACCAGAUAUUUCCCCAGUUGUUCUAGGAACAGUCAAUAAUCCGCCUAUAAUGUUUAGGUGGCUGGUGGAUGACAAACUUUUGGCUGAUUUGACUGGAGUUUAUCAUCCCCUAGGUAUUACCAUUGCUCGGUCAGACAGGAUUGUCCUAAAACUAACAGGCUUGCAAUCAGGUACUACCCGGAUAAAUGUAAACGUAACAGUACCAGGGGUUGUAGCCAAUAAACCUAAUGUGCGCACAAUAACUUACUCAGCUCACGUCGAUAUUGAAAUUGUUGAUCAAUUAAUGCUAAGUAGGCCCAAACAAGUUGACGGAAUAUCGCUUUUGAUGGCUCCAUUUUCCCAGAUUCAACUGGAAACCAACAUGGAUUUAGUGUCUCAUAUUGUUUUUGACUUACCUGGCGAACAAGUACCAUCAACUGAAUUAUUAGCUGAUAAAUCUGUAUUCAAUGCAGCUGAUCAAAUUGUGACUCUAACAUCUAGUGGUCUAUUGAAAUCUUUCGGAAGAUUAGGUCAUGUGAUGCUCAUAGUUACUUCUACAGAUAUUAACGGUCUAAAACAACGCUUGAAUAUUGUCGUGGAGGUCAAACCAAUUCAUUAUAUGAGUCUCAACAUUAAAGCUUCUUGGAGGAUCAGUUUCAAUAAUCCCAUUGCAAUACUACCUCUGGGUACAGAAUUUCUUCUUGUUGCUACCUAUCAUGAUAAUGUUGGAAAUGUGUUUCAUGCUGGCCCUACUGAGCUGAAACUGAGAACUAGUAGGUUGGAUUUAAUUAAAGUUACACGUUUCCCAGAAAAUGGUUCUUUAUGGAUCAGUACCAAAAAAGAAGGUCAUACAAUGUUGAAAGUUUGGGCCGAUGGUAUACAGAAAACAACUGAUUAUGUCAAGUUACACGUUGAACAGUCUGUCAAACCUGUUUUGGAUCAUUUAACUACAGGUGACACUAUAUGUCUAUGGUCGCCUGUAGUCUCCGAAUACAACACACCAGGCAUUUGGAAAAGUAGUGAUUCAAAUCUGGUGGAAAUAAACCCGGCUUUAGAUAUAGCUUUUGUUGGAAAUAGAGUGGGGACUGUCACCUUAACACACUCGCUUUUGACAUCAGCUCCUAUCCAUUUGCAAAUUUACCCUGUACAAGCUAUCGAAUUUCUGCUUACACCCAAUUUUGUAUUGACUAAUGGAGAAGAAGAUUCCGUUACUAGAUUCAUACUGGUUCUGCAGAGUGUAAAAAGUUUGGGAGCUAAAACGAAUAAUCUGAUUCAAGGCUGGAGAUGCAGAGCGGACGUCCGAAAACUUGUAAGGCCACAAGGAUUCCGUUGUUUCAUGGAAUUUUCCAACAAGUCGGCUCUGGUCAGCGCAGACGACCUCUUCAACGUAACGAACAGCUGGGUUCCAGAAACAGGCCAAUAUGCUUGCAAACUCAUAAACUCAAACUUCAACAGCUCAAACACUUGCGUUUUAGAGACAAACCUGACAUUAUGGGCUGUGUCUGAGGAUGGUGAAGUAUCGUCAGAGAAGCAGACCAUUCCAUUUUUGCCUGGAAUUUGUGUGGAGCCUGUUUUACUGCUGCAAGAAUCCAUCAAUACUGGCGUGUUGAUUAUCAGAGGGUUACCAGAUGUGCUUAGUCAACUGUCGGUCAUGCCAGCAGAUAGUACUAUUUUAUUCGUGAGCAGUUUAACAUCAGAAGACCUAUAUUUCAAAAAAUAUCAGGUGCAAUUGAUAGACUAUCAUUGGAGGUUAGCUGAUAUGGAUGAUGCCAUGGGAAUAAAUAUUGUGUCUCCUUUGACAAAGCAAAAUAUAAGAGUUAUGGUGAAAGUAACUGGUGAUUACAAAGGUGUUCCACAGUGUGGCCUAAUUCGAUCGCCGAUAAUGAGUUUCAUACAGAAUUAUAGAUACGCUUUGGUAACCUCCAUAGCUAUGGUUGCUAUAUUCCUUUUGACAUUCUACUUUUACUCAACCUACAUGCAAGUGAAUAUCAAUGUAAGGCCUCAACAACCAGGAAGAAUGGCAGUUACUACUACAAUGCAAACUGCUAGUCGAGCCUCACCCACAGCACAUCACUGCGCAGCAAAUGCUUCGUCCAGUCCUUUUGUGCGCACACCCAGCACACCACAAGGACAAACUCCUCCUUGCAAAUUUAAUUGUUCCUGCGGGAGACACAGUAACAGACAACCAGUUUUUGGGGAUGUCAGCUCGUUUUAUACCAACAGUCCUGAAAUGAGACGCAAUAGAAGAUAUAUGUAAAAACAUUGUAAACCGUUUCAGAACUUGGCUCUGAUGAUACAGUUGGAGAACAAACAAAAAAGUGUUGAAUAGAUACAAAAUUUGACGUUUUCAUUAGCUUUUUGAAAAAAAAAUAUAGACCUACUAUUAAAUUUUCUGCCAAUUGAACUGCAUUAAUCUGGAAUGGUUUAUCACUGUAUAACUUUAACUGCCAUAAGACUGUCAUUAAAGGUUGUAAAAAGAACAUGUAAAUAAUGUUUUGUCCUGUAUGUGUGUGUUUUCUCAGGGAGUAUACUGAAUGUAGAUUUACUUUCUACCUGAA